GCACCCGAGGAUAUUCCAACCUGCUGUAAGGAAUGGAAUGUGGGUCAAAGCAAUGAAGGAGGCCAAUGGCAAGUGGAGUGGACUAAAGAGAAUGGGAGCGGGUGCAUUUAAGAGAACAACGAGAACUGCUCUGGUGGAGCAUUUGAGUCUCAUGAACCCCGGGAGGAACGAUCCGGACGUCGCUACGUAUGCAGAACAAAAGCUAAAUGAGUUGUACGCCAACAACAUGUUGGAGUUUCGAGCUCCUUUCUACACACUCGAAACAGCACCGUCUCGUGGCAUUGACUGGCGCAUGCCGCAACCUCUGUCGGGCGGUCAGCAUCCGGGAGGGGGUGGAGGAGGAGACGAAGGAGACGGCGGAGGUGGCGGAGGAGACGGCUCACAGCUUGCCGGAAAGGGGACGGGCAAGACAUCGUCGGUAGAGAAGGCAUCCGGCGGAAAGGGGUCAGGCGGAAAGGACUCGGGCGGAAAGGGGUCGGGCGGGAAGGGGUCGGGCGGAAAGCGUAGAACGUCCGGGAGUCCCCAAUAUAUGGAAACUGACCCUCACUGCGUAGGGAGUCGAGAUUCCGACAUGCGAGACGAGGCCACCCUGACGUCUGAUCAAGUGCGAGUAGAUUCGCACUUGUCUGCGAGGACUUCGUUUCUUGUUGCCGAGGACAGUCCAUCCCGCCGUGCGCAACAGAGGUCUCCUGUGCUCAACAUCUUGCUCCUGAAAGAGGGCGCGUCUUCGUUUUGCCUAGAGGGCGGGAUGCCUAUAUUGCGAAGGAGCAAAGGUGCGACCUUCGGUUCCCUCGGCUCGGGCGACCGCCACAAACUCCGAAUACAUUCGGAUUUGCUGACGUCGCCCUCCGCCAUAAGUGUUCCUCACGCAACAGUUCCGCAGGGCCAAGAAAAUGUCACGUCCUGCCUCCCGCAUCUUCAGUUGGACACAGGGUUGCCCUGCUCGCCUCCGUUCUCAUGUGUUGAGACUCGAGACUGGCGGUCUCGCGACGGGCUGGAGGGGCCCCCUGCAGGAGUGUUGGAGACCGGGGGUGGCGAGCACGAAUGUCACACUCCUGGGGAGGAGGAGCGCUCUCCGGGAAUGCGUGUUGUACAUCGGGAAGAGGAGACUUACCGCUGGCAGUCUCGCAAAGUGUUGGAGAACGGGGGUAGCGAGUGUGAACGUCAUGCUUCGGAGGGUGCGCCCGUGGACACUGGCAGCGAGAGUGCAGGAGCUCCGAGGGAAACGCAUGCUCUACAGCGGGGAGAGGAGACUCGACACGGGCCGGCUCGUGAAGACGUGAAGUGGCUCCACGCACGAGCGCUGGUGAUCGGGACGUCCGAAGAGGUUCUGCACAGUCGCUCGGUUGUGGCCACGACGCGAGAGGGUGUCGUUAAGAAAAGUCAGUCGACGUCCGUGCAAGCUCCCGUUCUUGGCGACGAUGAAGACGAAGAAGAACCCAUGGUGGAAGCUCGGGUUCAUGGCGAUGAGGAAGGCGGAGAACCCGUGGUGGAAGGCGGUGAGGGUGGUCGACCGUCUAUCCUAAGCACCGCUCGGGGAAUGGCGCUUCAUGAAGCCAUAGAGUUGGGUGACGACUCGGCAGCCACCGAGCUGGUUGGCGACUCAGGCGUGGCAGAGAUGCAGAACGUCCAUUUGUCCAUAGAAGGCGGUGAGGUGGCCGUCAGCAUUAAGAUGGAUCCAGAGCGGAAAGAUCAUGAUUCUCCGUCCACCCGUUGCGGUGCCAAACAGGGUGAUCGAGCAUUUGUCAUCAGUACCGGUCGAGAAAUGGUGCUUCAUGAACCCAUCGACUUGCCAAGCGACUUAGCUGCCACCGAGCUGGUUAGCGACACAACCGUGGCCGAGGUGCAGAACCUCGAAUCGUCCGUGGACAUUGGCGCAGUGGCGCGACAGGCGGGCGAGUUCCCUCAAAGGGCUCCCGAGCACGGUAAGAUUUGUGAAUAGAACCACUCACAUAUCUGUCACUAGCUAGCUCUGUGUUCGUCCAAAUUGAUGUCAUGGGCUAAUGUACCUAUUACUACUUGUUAAAAAAAAGCUUGUGGGUUGUGGGUUGUUUUCUAUGUUCUACAGGUGUGAGGCUGUCAAUGUCCCUGCCCAUGAAGCCUUUAAAAG